UGAAAUCAGCCCAGAGAAGUGAUGGGAUUUGCCCCAGGUCUCCCACCCAGCAAGUCAGCGCUAACGACGGGUGUUGGCGGACAGUGAUGGUGGUUCUCACUCUUGUGUAUGAAGGACGGAGCCCUUGAACUGCUGGGUUCCUUCCAGGGAGGUGGAGGAGAAAUCCCAUCUGCUGGGGCCUGAGCGUGGCCUGGGGGCCAGGCCAUCGGUCCCAGAAUGCCCCUGCCCGAGCCCAGUGAGCAGGAGGGCGAGAGCGUGAAGGCCGGCCAGGAGCCCUCCCCUGAGUCCCCUGAGCCGGGCACAGAUGUCGUCCCUGCAGCCCCCACGAAGCCCACGGAGUUCUCCGAACUGGUCCUACUGACAGCCUCCACUGAGAAUGGGGAUGGAGUGGACUCCCAGCCCAAAGCAGUGCACUGUGUCCUGUCCUUGGAGAUGUCUGGCCCUGACACCCUGGCUGGGACCCCCCAGAUCCUGCCAGUAGAGGAACAGCAGGGGGCAGUCCAACCAAGCCCCCAGGCCCAGGAACUGAAACACAGCAAGCCAGACACAGCAGCCCCCCAGCCCCUGGAGUUCCUGAGGACCCCAUUUGGGGGCCGCCUGCUGGUGCUGGAGUCCUUCCUGUACAAGCAGGAGAAGGCUGUGGGGGACAAGGUAUACUGGAAGUGCCGCGAGCACACCGAGCUGGGCUGCCGGGGCCGGGCCAUCACCCGUGGCCUAAGGGCCAUGGUGAUGCGGGGCCACUGCCACCCGCCCGAUGAGGAGGGCCUGGAGGCCCGGCGCCAGAGACAGAAGCUGCCCAGCCCAGCCCUGCCCGAAGGCUUGGGGGAUCCCCAGGGCCCCGGCGGCCGAGUGGAGGAGCCCCUGGAGGGGGUGGGCCCGUGGCUGUGCCCCGAGGAGCCGGAGCCGGCCCCGGGGCCAGUGCUGAGCAAGCCAGCUCCCGAGGAGGAUGAGGGGCUCCGAGCCCUGUCGCUGCUGAGCUUGCCUCCCAAGAAACGCCCGACGCUGGGGACCGGAGGGCCCCCGCCCCUGGAGUUCCUGAGAACCUGCUAUGGGGGCAGCUUCCUGGUGCACGAGUCCUUCCUCUACAAGCGGGAGAAGGCUGUGGGGGACAAGGUGUACUGGACGUGCCGGGACCACACGCUGCAUGGCUGCCGCAGCCGGGCCAUCACACAGGGCCAGCGGGUGACUGUCAUGCGUGGCCACUGCCACCCGCCUGACGUGGAGGGUCUGGAGGCCCGGCGGCAGCAGGAGAAGGCCAUGGAGUUGCUGCGGGCCAGGCCGGGCGGCCCCGGGGGCCAAGUGGACAAGCUGCUCCAAGGCGUGGACAGCCUGUUCUACCGCAGGGGGCCGGGCCCCCUGACUCUCACCAGGCCCCGGCCCAGAAAGCGGUCAAAGGCCAAAGAUCAGGACUUCCUGGCCCAGCCGCAAGGCGAGGAGGACCAGGACGAGGACCUGGGAGGCCCUGAGUUCCUGAGGACCCCUCUGGGGGGCAGCUUCCUGGUGUACGAGUCCUUCCUCUACAGGCGGGAGAAGGCGGCCGGGGAGAAGGUGUACUGGACGUGCCGGGACCAGGCCCGCAUGGGCUGCCGCAGCCGAGCCAUCACCCAAGGCAAGCGGGUGACAGUGAUGCGAGGCCACUGCCACCCGCCCGACCUGGGGGGCUUGGAGGCCCUGCGGCAGCGAGAGAAACGCCCUGGCACGGCUCAGCGAGGGAGCUCUGGAGGCCCUGAGUUCCUGAGGACCCCUCUGGGGGGCAGCUUCCUGGUGUACGAGUCCUUCCUCUACAGGCGGGAGAAGGCGGCCGGGGAGAAGGUGUACUGGACGUGCCGAGACCAGGCCCGCAUGCGCUGCCGCAGCCGAGCCAUCACCCAGGGCCAGCGGGUCAUGGUGAUGCGCAGACACUGCCAUCCGCCCGACCUGGGGGGCCUGGAGGCCCUGAGGCAGCGGGAGCAGCUCCCCAGCCCAGCCCAGAGGGAAGGCUCAGGUGUGGAAACCCUCCAGCCCCUGGAGUUCCUGAGGACCUCUCUCGGGGGCAGGUUCCUGGUGUACGAGUCCUUCCUCUACAGGAAGGAGAAGGCGGCCGGGGAGAAGGUAUACUGGAUGUGCCGGGACCAGGCCCGCUUGGGCUGCCGCAGCCGGGCCAUCACCCAGGGCCAGCGGGUGACCGUCAUGCGCAGCCACUGCCACCUGCCUGACCUGGCAGGCCUGGAGGCCCUGAGGCAGCGGGAGCGGCUCCCCAGCACAGCCCAGCAGGAAGACCCAGAAAAGACAAAACUUCUGCCUGAAGUUCAACUGUGCUUCGAGACUUGUGCUCCUGAAAGCCAACAGAGCUAUGGGAAGGUGGAAGAUACACAUCUGGACAGCGAGUCCCAAUGAGGCCAGCCUCCUCCCAGACUCAGCAGAGGAACCUCACGUGUCACCUGCGUCAAGGAUGCUCCAGGUCCACACAGAACCCCGGCAUUUCCCACCACGUUAGAUUUUGCUCGACAAAACCUCUUUCACUCUUCCAAAGCAUCCACAGCCUUCACAUUUCCUCAAGAGGCCUCCCAGGAGGAACACUUCGAUGGUGUCUCCCUGCCGACAAAGAAGAGCCCCAGGAGCUGGUGGCCUGCAGCUGUGUGUGACGUGGAGUGACGUGGGGAGGGCCAUGGCCACGAAAAGCUCUGAGGAAGGAAGCAUCGUUCACAAAGACACCUGCCCCUGCCCUGGUGCAAAUACCCAUCUGUUUUCAGAGCCCACGGCUUUGCCAAGGGCUUUCCUGUUGGGUGUGGUCCUGCUUCAGCUCCACAACGUGGAAAAUCAUCGUGGAGGCCACUUCAAGACGAAGGUGGGGCACGUUUGGGGAAGUUCCUGCUUCCUCAGGCUGAGCUGCCCCUGCGGUUCCAGCCACCCCAGGUGUUUUCCGGGCAGGUGCCAGGUGGGCCUUCAUGCUCCUUGGCCAUCUGCUGCCGGGCUGUGGCUGUCCCAUUAACAGAGCAGGCCGAAACCAGAGGCCUUGCUACACCCUCUGUUAGAGUUCCCUUUGCUGUUUUCCAACUUAAAUUAAACCCAGUGUCCACAAUCCCCAGGGCAGGUGUUGUUCAGGCCCUGGAAGCCAGCCUGACGGCUGCAGGAAGCCAGCACUGGGCAAACUCCACCGGGGUCGCCCACGUUCGCCUGAUGCAGGAGGAGAGGCAGACCCCGAUGACAGCAGGUGCAACCCCUUCUCCUGUCUGAUGGCACGGCAGGGAGACAGCCUGCAGGGAGCAGUGAGCCCAUGUUCCCCACGAACUCCAGAGGCUGCUGCUUGCUAACAGGGCCGCAUCCUCCCCAGCGGGCUCCUUGAAUUGCAGGGGGAGCACACGGUGCAGGCUUCCUCCCACCAAGCUGGCCAUGCAGCCUGCCGUCCAGCCAUGGGACAGUGACAGCUCAGACACCCCCCACUGUCCUUCUGCCUAUACAUUUCCUGCAAUAAACCUGAUUUUAUAUCUUA